AGGACUAGCACACACAUGAUCUCGGCAGACGAUGCGGAGUACCCGCGGGAAUACAGGACCCUGGGGAACGGGACCCGGCGCUUCUCCAACGUGGGGCUGGUGCACACCUCGGAACGCCGGCACACGGUGAUCGCCGCCCAGAGCCUGGAGGCCCUGACUGGGCUCCAGAAGGCCGAGAUGGACCGCAAGCGAGACGCCUUCAUGGACCACCUGAAGAACAAGUACCCGCAGCACGCCCUGGCCAUCCGAGGCCAGCAGGACAGGAUCCGGGAUCAGCAACCCAACUACUGGAGCUUUAAGACAAGAAGUUCGCGGCACUCCCAGGGCUCCCAGCCCGCCCUGGCCGAUCAAGCCAAACUCUCCUUCGCCUCAGCCGAGUCCCUGGAAACCAUGUCUGAAGCCGAGCUGCCCAUUGGAUUCAACAGGAUGAACCGGUUCCGGCAGAGCUUGCCUUUGUCCCGCUCCACCAGCCAAACCAAGCUCCGGUCACCAGGGGUCCUUUUCCUGCAGUUCGGGGACGAGACGAGGCGGGUCCACAUCACCCACGAGAUCAGCAGCAUGGACACGCUGCACGCCCUCAUCGUCCACAUGUUCCCCCAGAAGCUCACCAUGGGGAUGCUGAAAUCGUCCAACACCGCCAUCCUGAUCAAGGACGAGUCGCGCAAUGUCUUCUACGAGCUGGAGGACGUCAGGGACAUCCAGGACAGAAGCAUCAUCAAAAUCUACCGCAAAGAGCCCCUCUACGCCUCCUUCCCAGCCUCGCACAUCACCAAUGGGGACCUGAGGCGGGAGAUGGUUUACACCUCCAGGGAGUCGUCCCCCACCCGCCGGCUGAACAGCAUGUCCCCAGCUUCCCACCUCACCUCUGGCUCCCCUCCGCCCGUGCUCCAGUCUUCCUCCCCGUCCCGCUCCCGCAUGUCCUACAGCGGCGGGCGCCCGCCCUCCUAUGCCGGCAGCCCCGUGCACCACGGCGAGCGCCUCUCCAACCUGCCGCCCGCCGCGGGCGUGUCGCCCAGCCCCAGCGCCAUCCUGGAGCGCCGGGACGUCAAGCCGGACGAAGACCUGGCCGGCAAGAACAUGGUGCUGGUGAAGAACGAGGGGCUGUACGCCGACCCCUACGGCAUGGUGCACGAGGGGCGGCUCAGCAUCACCUCCACGCAGUCCCUGGCUGGCAUGGGCGACCCCUUCGCCUACGCCGGGGGGCUGUACAAACGGGGCUCGGUCCGCUCCCUCAGCACCUACUCGGCGGCCGCCCUGCAGACAGAGCUGGAGGACAGUCUGUACAAGCCCAACGCCCAGAUCUACAGCGACACCUACGGGCCCAGCCUCGGCUUCCGCAUGCCCCCGUCCUCCCCGCAGAAGAUGGCCGACGGCCGGCUGGUGGACGUCCAGCAGGGGCAGAGCCCUCACAGUCCCUACUCGGGGCCGCCCAGCAGGUCCUCACCUGUCCGCCAGUCCUUCCGCAAAGACUCCUGCUCCUCGGUCUUCAUGGACAGCCCCGUCAGCAAGACCCGCAACCCCAGCUCCUCGGGGCCCCCCGAACUCUUCCCAGGCCCCGGGGAUCGACCCCUAUCAGGGUUUGGCCCUCCCGUGCCUGCCAAGGAUACGGAAACAAGGGAACGGAUGGAAGCCAUGGAGAAGCAGAUUGCCAGCCUGACGGGGCUGGUGCAGAGUGCGCUGCUCCGGGGCUCCGAGGGCGAGACCCCCAGCGAGAAGACGGACGCCACCAACGGAGGGACGCCCCCGUCAGCACCCGCCAGCCGGAGCUGCACGGCGACUCCGAUCCCUGCCGCCUCGUACCCCUCCGCCACCAGCACCCCGGCCGGGCAGCCGACGGCCAUCACCCGUCUGCACAUGCAGCUACACCUCCACGACCUGCAGCAGAACGCCAGCGACCUCCGCAACCAGCUGCAGCAGCUGAAGAAGCUGCAGCUGCAGAACCAGGAGACGGUGAAGACGAUGCUGCGGCGGACGGAGACGGAGAUCAGCGUGCGGGUGACGGACACCAUGCGCAAGCAGGAGGACCCCCUGCAGCGUCAGCGCAGCCUGGUGGAGGAGGAGCGGCUCCGCUACCUGAACGAGGAAGAGCUAAUCACCCAGCAGUUAAACGACCUGGAGAAGUCGGUAGAGAAGAUCCAGAAGGACAAUCACCGGCUGGUCCCUGUGCAGGAGCUGGAGGAGAAGGCCAUGGUGCUGAAACAGCUGGGGGAGACGCUGACCGAACUGAAGGCUCACUUCCCCAGCCUGCAGAGCAAGAUGCGGGUGGUGCUGCGGGUGGAGGUGGAGGCCGUGAAAUUCCUCAAGGAGGAGCCGCACCGGCUGGAUGGCCUGCUGAAGCGCUGCAAGACCGUGACAGACACCCUCGCCCAGAUCCGCAGGCAAGUGGAUGAGAGCGUGUGGGCUCCGUCCAACAACCUGAGCCAGUCCCCGAAGAAGGUGGCAUCAGAGAUCGAUUUCAGCAAGGGUCUGGAUUUCGAGGUCCCCACCAGCCCCCCGAUGAACCUCCAUGACCUGACCGCCUCCACAGAUACCCUGGGCACGCCGGGCUUCGGGCAGAGUGGCCCCCAGCCCCCCAAGAGCAAUAACCCCUCCCGGGCUCCGGAGAUGGUGCCGGCCAAGACCCAGACGGGCCCUGAGACUCCCGGCAGGAGGAGCGCGGACAAGGCCGUGUCCGUAGAGGCCGCCGAGCGGGACUGGGAGGAGAAGAGGGCGGCGCUGACCCAGUACAGCGCCAAGGACAUUAACCGCCUCCUGGAGGAGACCCAGGCCGAGCUCAUGAAGGCCAUCCCCGACCUGGAGUUUGCCACCAAGCACAAGCAGGCCGCCGGCAGCGCCGCCUCCACACCUGAGCACAAGCCCUCCAAGCCGCAGCAUGCACAGAAAGCCACCGCCAAAAUCGACCCCAAUGGCCGCCGGGGCUCAGACGAGCUGACCGUCCCCAGGUAUCGGACCGAGAAGCCCUCGAAAUCGCCGCCUCCCCCCCCUCCUCGCCGGAGCUUCCCUUCCUCCCACGGGCUGACCACCACCCGCACCGGCGAGGUGAUCAUCACCAGCAAGAAGGACUCGAGCUUCAUGAAGAAGGCAGAGUCGGAGGAGCUGGAGCCCCAGAAGCCCCAGGUGAAGCUGAGGCGGACGGUGUCGGAGGUCACCAGGCCCGCGUCCACCCCACCCAUCAUCGCCUCCGCCAUCAAGGACGACGACGAGGAGGACCGGAUCAUCGCCGAGCUGGAGAGUGGCGGGGUUUCCAUUCCAGCCAUGAAGAUGGUGAAUCCGGCCUCCAGGCUGAAGCAGAGCCAGCAGGGGAGCCCGGACAAAAGCAAACACAUCAAGCAGAGAAUGGAAUACAUGAGGAUCCAGGGACAACAGCAGGCCGCUAGAUCAUCUAAAGAGGCUAGUGGGCUGAGUGAGACUUCCAGUCCAGUCUCAGAAAAAAAUACUCCUGGCAGAACAUCCAUCCCUGUGUUGACUUCCUUUGGGGCAAGGAACUCAUCCAUUUCAUUCUAACGCUCCUUGCCAACUUCUCAUUCAACUGUUUUCCUCCUUACUGGGGCCUGGCUUCUCUCUUCCCUACACUCCUCCCUUGGACUGUCUUCUUGAGGCAACUUCAAAGGUCACCAGAUGUCCCUCUAGCUUUUUAUUUUAAUUGUCCUGCUCCACUAUGGCCGACCUCCUGUCUCACUUCCUCCUCCAAUAUGGCCGACCUACAUGUCCACUUCCUGCUCCAAUAUGGCCGACCUGCCACUUUCUGUUUCUUCCUCUCUUUUUUUGUUGUUGUUCUUCUUUUUGUUGGUGGUUUUUUUUUUUUCUCCCCUCUCGACACCUCCUUUUUUCCACCCUGGCGUUUUUUGUUUAUUUAAGAGCGCUAAGAACUUCA